AUACUUUCUUCCCAAUCCAAACAAUGUAAACCUGUAAUCCGAUCACACGCAGUCGCUGCAAACUAUAUGGUAAUGCAUCUAAAUCUUGAAUUACCCUUGCACUGCUAUCUACGGAUCGGGGGAUUCGAUUCCUGCCGCAUAUGAGUUUGUGCUUGUGCUUGUGUUUGCUCAGUAAAGUGUUCGGAGUCUACCACUCAAAGAUCGAUCGAAGGUUACGAUGGAGCCAAGUCAGUAUACCAGUUCGCUGGCUGCACUAGCAUAUGGGAUUGCUUCAAUGGCUAUGGUGUUCAUAAAUAAGGCCGUGCUAAUGCAGUAUUCUCAAUCAAUGACGCUGCUCACUUUACAGCAAAUAGCAUCAACUUUGCUGAUUCACUUCAGUAGGGUACUCGGAUACACUAAAGCCAGAGCGUUCAACAUUGAUACUGCGAAGAAACUUUUCCUAGUUUCCUUGUUCUAUAAUGCAAAUGUCGCUUUUGCACUAGCGAGCUUGAAAGGAGUAAAUAUUCCAAUGUAUAUUGCCAUCAAAAGGCUUACACCACUUUCUGUAUUAGUAGCUGGAUUCUUUUCGGGAAAAGGAAGACCUACAACUCAGGUAACCCUUUCUGUAGUGACAACUGCUGCUGGAGUUAUUGUUGCAGCAUUGGGAGACUUUUCUUUUGAUCUUUUCGGAUAUAGCAUGGCAUUUAUUUCUGUUUUCUUUCAGACCAUGUACCUUGUUUUAGUGGAAAGGUCAGGAGCAGAGGAUGGGCUUUCAUCAAUAGAGAUUAUGUUCUAUAAUAGCAUUUUGUCUUUACCAUUUCUAUUAUUCCUUAUCAUAGCCACGGGAGAGUUUCCAAAUUCUUUGUCAAUAUUAUUUGCGAAGGUUAGAUUUUUUGCCUUGUGUCAAUAUGUUCAGCGCCCAAAUUGGUAACUUGAAUUCUAACCUCUUGUACUGUACAAAUCACUAAUACCUUAUUUUGAUUAAUUGCAUUGUUUGAAGCAAUGACUUGAAAUCACAUAUCUUUUAGAUAUUUGCAGGAUUGGUCAAACUUUUCUGCAUAUCUCCCACUCCUUUAACUUUAACCCAGAAAAAUGUUAGCAAAAGAUAGAGUUUUGAAUGAUAGGUUUUAUCUUGGAAAAUACCAUAUGAAGGAAAAUCAAAUAUGCAUAAGUUCUUUAUAAUUCUAUUUACAUGGAGAUUUCUUACUAUUUAUAUAAUUGACAUUAAAAAUGAAUCUGCACAAAUAUUUAAUAAUGAUUUAUUCAAUUUGGACUAAUUUUUAGAUUUCCUGACUUUUCUUUCCUUCCAACAGCCCUCUCUAGUCUCUAUUCUCCUCUCAUUUUUCUGUUCCUAGCAUUUUUUUGUCUUCUGAACCGAGGCAUUACACUUGGUGAUAUGUCAUGGAAACGGCCUCUCUACUGUACAGGGCACAAGAAACUUAUGUAUGACUUCAUUUAAUUGCAACAAUAAUUUUAUUCUUUUCCUUUAAACACAUGUGGUGCAUUGACAUGUCUUGCUCGUUCAUGUUAUUUUCCUAUGCUGUUUUUCCAUGGAUUACCAAGUAUAAUUCUUGCUUAUCUUGAUAUGGAAGAUAAAUAAUGAACUUCUGAAAUUAUUCUAAACAGUUAUUUUCUUUUUCCUCCAUGAACAGAGUACUUCGGUAUAUUUCUUUGUGAUUCUUCUACUUUCACUUGUGAUGGGCAUAGUCUUGAACUACACAAUGUUUUUAUGCACCAUAGUCAACUCCGCCUUAACUACAACAAUUGUUGGAGUGCUCAAGGGGGUUGGAUCCACGACCCUAGGCUUUGUGGUGCUAGGAGGAGUUCAAGUGCACGCGUUAAACGUCUUUGGGCUUGUGAUCAACACAGCCGGUGGCGUGUGGUACUCGUGUGCAAAAUAUCAACAAAAGAAGAACAGGUUGCCCAAGUUGAUGACCGAUGUCGAAGCACAUAGUAAGUAAUGCCAUUGCGACCAACUUGAUUCCAAGGAAAAGAUUAGAACCUGAAACAAGGUUGUUUUUUUCUGUUCCCUGGCUGCGUUUGUGCUACAUUGUUUGUUGGUUUGAUACAAUUGGUGUAACAUAGCUUAGGAAGAGUUUAUAGUUUGUUUUCGCUUUCCUCACGUUGGGUAUAGUACCGAUACAUGAUGGGUUUAUAUGAGGUGAAAAUAUUUGAAGAUUAUUUAAUUUUAUACAGGUUUGAGGUCUAUUUU